CUCCUUGAGAAGAGAUGAGGGUCAUGAAGGUUCAACAGAUCUCACACCACGUCUUCAUUAUCCUUCUGGCUGUGACUGUACGAUCUCAAGUCAACCCAGAACUGUGUCGAUAUCCUCUUGGUAUGACCGGUGGGCAGAUUCAGGACGAGGACAUCUCUGCCUCCAGUCAGUGGUCCGAGUCAACUGCUGCAAGAUUUGGCAGACUUGACUUGGACAACGGCGAUGGCGACGGGGCCUGGUGUCCUGACAUCAUGUCGGGGCCAGACGGCCUCAAAGAGUAUCUCCAGGUGGACCUGCGUUCACUGCACUUCAUCACACUGGUGGGCACCCAAGGUCGCCACGCCGACGGUAUGGGUAAUGAAUUCGCCCAGCGAUACAGGAUCAAGUACAGCCGCGACGGCAGCAACUGGGUGGGCUGGCAGGAUAGGAAGGGAAGGCAGGUCAUUGAGGGGAACAAGAAUGCGUAUGAUGUGGUGCUGAAGGAUCUGGAGCCUCCCAUCAUAGCUCGCUUCGUCCGCUUCAUGCCUGUGACGGACCACUCCAUGAUCGUGUGUAUGAGAGUGGAGCUCUACGGCUGUGAAUGGUUGGAUGGCCUGAUAUCUUAUAGCAUUCCAGAUGGGCAUCAAAUGAUCUACAGAGGCCUGGAUGUCUACUUUAAUGACUCUGUGAAUGAUGGAGCAUCAGCUGAAAGACUGACAAAGGGCCUCGGCCAGCUGACAGAUGGCACCUGGGGUCUGGAUGAUUUCCUCCACAGCCACAUAUACGGCAUGUGGCCUGGCUACGACUACGUGGGCUGGAACAACAAGAGCCUCCCCAAAGGUUACGCGGAGAUGAUCUUUGAGUUUGACCACGUCCGAAACUUCACUUCCAUGAAGGUUCACUGUAACAACAUGUUUAGCCGCGGGGUGAGGAUGUUCAGACAGGCCACCUGUUACUUCCGGUCAGGAUCAGACUGGGAGGCUGACCCCGUGACCUUCAGGCCCACUGUCGACCGCGUGAGCCAAGGCGCCCGUUUCAUCACCGUGUCCCUCGGCGACCGCACAGCCAGUGCCAUCAAAUGCCGUUUCCACUUCAGUGACCUUUGGAUGUUGUUCAGUGAAGUUGCCUUCCAGUCAGGCUCAGCCGUGUACAACACUUCUCUGAGUCCUCGCAAACACGGACACCCCACAAACACACUGCCAGGAGAUGAUCCUACUCAUAAAGUGGAUGAAAGCAAUACCAGGAUCCUGAUUGGCUGCUUGGUGGCUAUCAUUGCCAUCCUUAUGACGAUCAUAGUCAUCAUCCUGUGGAGGCAGGUCUGGCAAAAGAUGCUUGAGAAGGCAUCUCGUCGCCUGCUGGAUGAUGAACUCACAGCUCGUCUUGCGGUCCAGACCCAGGCCUUCUCCUCCAACCACUCCUCUCUGUCCAGCGAGAGUGGCUCCACUUCCAACUCCACCUAUGAGAGAAUCUUCCCCCUCUGCUCCGACUACCAGGAGCCUUCCCGCCUUAUCCGGAAACUACCCGAGUUUGCUCAGUCCACCGAACACCUUGGGCCGAGCACCUCCUGUAGAGCCCUUGCAACCAGUGUUUCAGAUGGCGCCCCCCACUACGCGGAGGCUGACAUCAUCAGCCUCCAAGAGUCUUCAGACAGCAGCACCUACUCCAUCGCAGCUGUCAACAUGAAUCUCUUUGCUGGCACCGAUUCAUCCAUGAGAGAGUUCCCCAGAGAAAAGCUCACCUUUAAGGAGAAGCUGGGAGAGGGCCAGUUUGGAGAAGUGCACUUGUGUGAGGCAGAGGGCAUGCAGGACUUUUUGGAUGAGGAUUUGUCCUUAGAGGGAAACAGGGACUCACCGCUGCUGGUAGCUGUGAAAACACUGCGGGAAGAUGCCAACAAGAAUGCAAGGAAUGACUUCCUGAAAGAGAUCCGAAUCAUGUCUCGCCUGAGGGACCCCAACAUUGUCCAUCUGUUGGCCGUGUGUGUGGACACAGACCCGCUGUGUAUGAUCACUGAGUAUAUGGAAAAUGGAGACCUGAACCAGUUCCUCUGCAAUCUCAAACUGAACGAGGCCGCUGAUGAAGACAGGAAGGACCAGGAGGAGAACGAGGGGGAGAGUAUGGUCAGCUACAGUAAACUAAUUGGCAUGGCUGUGCAGAUUUCAUCUGGUAUGAAGUACUUGUCCUCUCUCAACUUUGUCCACCGUGAUCUGGCGACCCGCAACUGCCUGGUGGGUAAGAACUACACCAUAAAGAUCGCCGAUUUCGGCAUGAGUCGUAACCUGUACAGAGGGGACUACUACAGGAUCCAGGGCCGGGCCGUCCUGCCCAUUCGCUGGAUGUCCUGGGAGAGCAUCCUACUGGGGAAGUUCACCAUGGCCAGUGACGUGUGGGCCUUCGGUGUGACUCUGUGGGAGAUUGUGACUCUGUGUAAGAAGCAGCCCUACUCCCAGCUCUCUGACGAGCAGGUCAUUGAAAACACAGGCGAGUUCUUCAGGGACCAGGGCAAGCAGGUGUACCUGCCAAAGCCGCUCUGUUGUCCUGACAGCGUCUACAAUGAUCUCAUGCUAAGCUGCUGGAGGAGGAACGCCAAGCAGAGGCCGAGCUUUCAGGAGAUACACACUCAGCUGACGGAGAGCCUGGCGUAGUAAAUGCAACAGAUGAUUUCUCUCUGAAAUGAACCGUCACAAUCUGGAUCUAAUUGGAAUUAAUUUGGAGAUAUUAAAAAAAAUCUAACUUUUUCCAUUUGUUUGAAGCUGGUUUGCCACAAUUGUCCUGUAAAUAACAAGAUAUGAGGAGAAGGUAUACACUUGAACAGAGCGUUACAUUGUAGAUGUACAAAUUAGCACUAUUCACACUUCUGUGUAUUUAUUGUCUUAUCUUCUGUGCUGUUUAUUUAUAGAGUUCUAUUGUAAUAGGGUUUGAAACACAAUUGUGGAUUUUUGUAU